AUGACUCGUCGUGUACUGGAACCCAUGCUUCUUGGCGUGGCAAUUACGUGCAUCAUUCUUUCUGUGGCGUUAGAUGAUUGGAAUUGUGGAAGUCUGUUCAAAUCCUGUUUAGAUCGCUGGCGUACCAUAACGUUGGGUGUGAUCAUUCUAUUCUGUCUCGGUCUUGCAUGUCUUGUUUUGGUAUUCCUCAUGGAUCUGGCUCACUGUUGUUCAACCACAUUGGAUUUGAAUGCAAGUUUCACCACAACACGGCUCUGUGCGCUAUUUCUCGGUCUUAUCCUCCUGACCACCGGGCUUAUUGUGUACACUGCUGAAAUGGGUCGCCAAUGGUCUUAUCUGUCCGGUGUGUCUGGUGUCGUGUUUGCCGUCCAAGGAUCGAUAUUAGCAUUUGUCACGUGCCAAUGUACUUCCGCUCGGGGGAGAACUAGAAUGCAAGUCACUCGGACUAUCGCCACAUGA